AUGACCGAUGCUAUUAUAUAUAAUAAUAUUUUCUCAGUCCUUGAUAAAUGAGACUGUUUCAGCCUAGUGGACCUGGCGAUGAGUUUUGCCCAAAUGACGUCCGGUCUACGCAUUGCACUAGAGAUAGGCAGGCUGAAUCACCGCUACAGUCAUCUGAUUUUAGCUUGCAAGGCAAAGAACCACCAAACCCAGCUCUCAUAGCACAAGCUUCAGCUGCGUCAGAGAGUGCAGAUUAUCCCGAAGGAGGGGUGAGGGCGUGGCUGGUCGUGCUAGGAUCAUGGUCUGCUAUGAUUCCCUCUAUGGGCCUGUUGAACAGCCUCGGGAUUUUACAUGCUUGGGUCAGCGCUCAUCAACUUGAGGGUUAUUCGGAAUCAAGCGUUGGCUGGAUUUUUGGAGCCUAUGGAUUUUUUCUUUAUGUUGCUGGAGCACAAGCGGGAGCAAUAUUUGACGCAUAUGGACCUAAUUAUAUCAUUAUUCCGGGCUCCAUUGGGAUAGUUGCAGCAAUUAUCUGCCUUAGUUUCAGCGAAGCUUACUAUCAAAUUUUUCUCUCCUUCAGUGUGCUUGGUGGUCUUUCAGCAUCCGCACUCUUUACACCUGCAGUUUCGUCAGUUGGUCACUGGUUCAACCUUCGUCGAGGAUAUGCCACGGGCAUUGCAUGUACUGCUGGUGGGCUUGGAGGGGUUAUAUUUCCCAUCAUCAUCCUCUUUGCGGCCCCCAAAAUCGGGUUUCCUUGGGCAAUCCGUAUCAUAGCGCUCUUAAGUGCCGUAUUAUGCUUGCUCGCAUGUAUCCUUUUGAAAACCAGACUGCCGCCUAAUAAAAGCGCCGGCGCGUCUGUUGAUUUCAAAGCACUCAAGGAUGUCAAGUAUGCCUCCACAACUAUUGCAGUCUUCCUGGUGGAAUUUGCUGUAUUCAUACCGAUCACUUACAUUGCAUCUUAUGCUGUUCAUGUUGGUGUGCAUAAUGAACUUUCGUACGCGCUCAUUGUGUUUCUGAAUCUAGGUGCCGUUCCAGGACGCUUCUUACCUGGUUUAGUCGCGGAUCGAGUGGGCCGUUUCAACGUGAUGGUUCUGACCUCUAUUGUUUGCGCACUCUUGACCCUGGCUUUAUGGCUCAGCGCUGGGAAGAGCACGCCAGCCAUCAUCUGCUAUGCAGUCUUUUUUGGCUUUUGGAGCGGAGCGGCUAUCAGUCUAACGCCCGUGUGCAUCUCCCAAGUGUGCGCUACUGAGGACUAUGGUAAAAGAAACGGGACCACUUUUACUAUUUCUAGCAUUGGCACGCUUACUGGCAUUCCCAUCGCAGGAGCCAUCCAGCAACGAGAUCAUGGAGGUUAUGAGGGACUGAUUAUUUUCGGAGGAGUCCUGUAUCUUGCAGCAGCCAUAGCAUUUGCUCUUGCCCGAGGAAUUUGCCAAGGCUGGUCUCUGAAGACGAAAUUCUAGCGUAACCUAGCAUUAUCUUCCCUAUUAGAUAUUCCAUUUGCAUACUGAACGGUGCAUA